CUCUAUAUACCAUGUUAUUUUCUAGGACUUACAUCAUAUCCGUCUUUUUCUUCUUCUUUUAUGUUAAUGUUUACUGUUUUAAUAUUGCAGGUUCUUAUGCAGCCAACUUCAUAAUAAAAAAUAAUUGCCCUUACUCAAUUUGGCCCGCUACACUUACUGGUCAAGGACCCCAAUUACUUACAGGAUUUGAAUUAACAUCACAAGCUUCACAAACUCUUGAGGUACCAAAUUCAUGGUCAGGAAGGGUAUGGGCAAGAUUUGUUUGUUUGAACGAUGCCACCGGAAAAUUCACUUGUCUUAGUGGAGAUUGUGGGACAGGCCAAGUAACUUGCAACAAUAAGGGUGCAAUUCCACCAGCAACUCUUGUAGAAUUCACAUUAGCGGGGUAUGGAGGAAAGGACUUUUAUGACAUUAGCUUGGUUGAUGGUUUUAAUCUGCCAGUUUCUGUUGUCCCUCAAAAUAGAGCAGGCUGCAAUUCGACAAGUUGUCCAGUUGAUAUCGACAAUAAAGGAUGUCCAGAAGAGUUAGCACUAAGAAAUCCAAAGGGUGGUGUCAUUGGGUGCAAAAGUGCUUGUGUAGCAUUUCAACAACCACAAUAUUGUUGCACUGGUCCAUAUGGUUCUCCAAAAACUUGCAAACCAACGAAAUAUUCUUUACAAUUCAAACAUUUAUGUCCUCAAGCUUAUAGUUAUGCUUAUGAUGACGCAACUAGCACGUUUACUUGUACUGGAGCUGACUAUUUGAUAACUUUUUGCCCAUGA